AUGCCAUAUGACCAGUGGAUUAUUCUGGUCCAGAUGGGUGAGAUCGUGACUUCCGCAGACUUUCGGACCGCUGUUUUGUCGAAGGACCAGUUUUCGAGCGCACUUCGCGCUGUCUGCGUCGAUGAAGCACACUGUAUAAGUUUGUGGGGCGGGAGCUUUCGUCCAGACUAUGCUGGCCUUGGUGUGCUUCGUGGUCGGUUUCCUAAAAAUGUUCCAUUCGUCGUGGCAUCAGCAACGCUUCCCCAUCAUGUUCUCAAUGACGUACGGCAUAAAUUGCAGCUUGGAAGCGAUACCAAGAUGGUGCAAUUGACCAACGCACGGCCUAACGUGGCAUUAUCAGUCCAGAAGAUGAAGCAUUCUGAAGAAACAAAGGGCGACAUACGCUUUUUGAGCCACCAGGCCUCAAGCGCGGUAAGAAGAAGACCAUCGGAGAAGACAAGGAAAAUAUCAUCCGUGAGGGGUUAA